CUCAGAGCCUGUGGCGGAGGCCCCGGAAAGGACCUUCCAGGCCGCGAGCGGAAGCGGAGCUCGGCCCGGAGAGGAAGUCCCGCCCACAGCUGGGCAGCGGCAGCCAAUCAGCGCCGCAGGAGCUCGGCAGCUCCGCCCCGUCGCCGAGGCCCCGCCCCUGCGUCCCGCGGGCGCCAUUGCCGCGGCCUGCGCUGGGCUCUGCUCUGCGUCCGCUGCGUGUGCAGCAUGGCCUCACAGAAAGACCCAGACAAGAGCUGGAAGAAGAAGCACCCAGAGAACAAGAUGGAGCAGGCAAAAUGCAGCCCCAAGAAAGAGGAGAAAGAUUUCAAGACAGAGGGUGACAAUGAGGGGACUAAUGACUGUGAUGAUGAUGAGUAUGAGGAGGAUGAUGAAGGUGAAGAUGACCAGGAUGAGGAAGUGGAGUAUGAGAAGGAGGAUGGGUUCAUGGUAGCUCUAUCUGUGCCACUCAAGCAGCUGAUUCAGUGCCCUGACUGUGGCAAGAGCUUCACACACCGCUUCAGCCUCAUCAACCACCACCGAAUCCACACCGGCGAGAAGCCCUUCAGCUGUGCCGACUGUGGCAAGCAAUUCAGACGGCGCUCACACCUCAUUGACCACCACCGAAUCCACACUGGUGAGAAGCCCUUCAGCUGUGCUGACUGUGGCAAGAGCUUUACACAGCACUGCAGCCUCAUUGACCACCGCCGAACCCACACUGGGGAGAAGCCCUUCAGCUGUGCUGUCUGUGGCAAGAGCUUCACAGUGCGUUCACAUCUCAUUAAUCAUCACCGAACCCACACUGGGGAGAAGCCCUUCAGCUGUGCUGACUGUGGCGAGAGCUUCACACAGCGCUCCAGCCUAAUUGAGCACCAUCGAAUCCAUACUGGGGAGAGGCCUUUCAGCUGUGCUGUCUGCGGCAAGAGUUUCACUCAGAGGUCUACUCUCAGCCAGCACCGCAGUGUCCACAUCAAUGAGAAGUCCUUCAGCUGCAGGGACUGUGGCAAGAGCUUCAAAUAUAGCCACAACCUAACCACCCACUGCCGCAUCCACAGCAGAGAUAAGCUGUUCCCCUGUGCGGAGUGCGGCAAGAGCUUCACUACGAGCUACAGUUUCAUCCAGCACCAACUCAUCCACACUGGUGAGAAGCCCUACACCUGCUCUGACUGUGGCAAGAGCUUCACUCACUGCUCUGCUUUUACUCAGCACCGUCGUAUCCACACUGGUGAGAAGCCCUACACCUGCUCUGACUGCGGCAAGAACUUCACCCGCAGCUCUAAUCUCACCCAGCACCGUCGUGUCCACACUGGUGAGAAGCCCUUCACCUGCUCUGACUGCGGCAAGAGCUUUGCCCAAAGUGGCAAUCUCAGUUCCCACCGCCGCACCCACACUGGUGACCAAACCAUAGUGCAGGGGAAGCAGAAAUAGACCCACCCACAGCUCUGUUGAGGUAAUUUGUGCCCCCACCCUGAGAAGACCUUUCCAGCAGAUUGAACAAAAUUGCCUCUUUUUCACCUGCGUUUCUCAGAGGCUGGCGUCUCCAGCAGGAGCAAACACCUCCUGCCCUUCUAAGCACCAAUUAGUGCUGCUGAGAAUAAUUACAGGGCUCAGUCAGCACAGCCAGAGCUGCCUUUGGAGCUAGGCUGAGGUGUGCAGGGAUUUGUCUGGUUCUUUCUCUAUUUUUGGUGUCUCCCUGGGGUAAAACCUCUCUAUCCCAUGCUCAGUUUUGUCAAUAAAAGCCCAAAGCGACCCAAA